CCAUCCAUCUGAUAUCUGCGCCAUCCCUUUACCCCAUGUUCGGCUUCGGUGUCCCGGGGGCCCGUAGAUCCCUGCCGGGGUCGUAGUCUCCGUCUGCCGGGGUCGGAGGCUAUAGGUAGUACCUUAAGGGAGCCGGCCCACUGCAACAGGCCGGGCUCGGCCCGGUCCGGCGGGGACGGUGGCCGGCGUGGGCCCUUGCAGCUUCUCGUGCCUGCGGGCGUUCUGGAGUCCCGAGUGUCCCACGCGGCCGUAGCCAGGGUUGGCACGGGGAAUUCGGCUCAGCCACUCACUACCAAUCACCAUGGUGCGAAUGAAUGUUCUGGCGGAUGCUCUUAAGAGCAUCAACAACGCUGAGAAGAGAGGCAAACGCCAAGUCCUCAUCAGGCCGUGUUCUAAAGUCAUUGUUCGGUUCUUAACUGUGAUGAUGAAGCACGGCUACAUUGGUGAAUUCGAGAUCAUUGAUGAUCACAGGGCUGGGAAGAUUGUUGUGAACCUCACAGGAAGGUUGAACAAGUGUGGAGUUAUAAGCCCUAGAUUUGAUGUUCAGCUCAAAGACCUAGAGAAAUGGCAGAAUAACCUGCUCCCGUCACGGCAGUUUGGUUUCAUUGUGCUGACAACCUCGGCUGGCAUCAUGGACCAUGAAGAGGCAAGACGAAAACAUACAGGAGGAAAAAUCCUGGGGUUCUUUUUUUAAAUGUAAAGCAUAAAUAAAAAGCCUUCAUGGACUGUG